UGACAAUUCGAGUCGAUCAGUUUUGUGUUCUGACUUGACCUAAUUCCUAGGUACAGAGAAUGAUCUAUACAGAGUAUAAUUCGCGAGAUGAACAUUAGGAUUUUUUAGUGGGUGAAGCAAGAUUUCAGGAUUCGUUUUAAUAAAACCAGUAAAACUAUACAGGUUAGGUACCAAACUCAACCUCUUAUUGAACAUCCCUAGGUGAUUUUUCGUGGAAAGUUUUCGAUUUUCAUCACACGUAGGGCCAUAAUAUGGAUAAGCAACUCCAUUUCUCGAAAACAGACAUUGAUGCCAGUUGGGGAUUUCGCCUGGUAGGGGGGUCAGAUUUUAACCAGCCCCUAUUGGUUGUGAAGGUGAAUGAGAAUAGUUUGGCAGAACAGUGUGGACUUGAAGUUGGAGAUCUAAUACUCAGUAUAAAUGAUAGUCCAACUGUUGGACUGACACACAGUGAAGUCCAUGAUUUUAUUACGUCAUCCGGUUUGAAUUUCACACUUGGAAUCCGCAGGGGAAUUGUUCCGAUUGAAAUUAUACAUGAAGGAGAAUUGAGUUUCGAAUUCCAAGAUUUUCUCAAGGGAAUUCAGACCUCCAUAGAAGAAGAUAUUUUUGCCCAAGCUGCUGAUAUAGUGGAAAAACUGAAUGAAGAGAAUUUGAGAAGAAACAAAGAACCAUCAGUGAACAAACAGAAAAAAAUGGUGUUCUCUAACGCUACUCAGACUCAACUGUCACUAGAAGAUGAAGAAAAAACGAAUAAAUUUUCCACAUUUAUGAUGAAGCCUGACAAGCCUAUACCAAAGCCCAAGAGAAAAAAAGAAGAACCAAAACCAGAUCAAGAAUCAUACAAGGUGGUUAUCAAGAGGCAAGCAUCAGGAAGAAAAUAUUUCAAAGAGAAGAAAGUGCAAUUCGAUCAAAACAUUACCGAAAUGGAAAUCGAAGCAAGAUCUGAAACAACUGAAGACAAUUCCCAAGAAAUCGUAGACGAAACUGAAGAAAAUAACGGCGAAGCAUCAGAUCUCCUCAGUAUUGAAGAAAUUCAUGAAGAAUAUGAAGAAAAUAUCGACCAUGACAAUAAUAAUCACUACGAAACAGAAGACUAUGCAGAAGAGAAUGGUGCAGAAGAAAAUGAAGAGCAACCCCUGGAAAUCAAGUACAAACCCCUAUCAGAGAUAAGAGUAGACAGUUCAUCGGAACUGUCGAUGACCUUGGAGGAGCAGCUGUUGGCCGUGCAGAAACAGUUGCAGGCGCUGUCACAGCUGCCAUCUGCUAUCCAGAUGACCUUGGACGCUGUCUCCAAGCAGCUGGCUAGCAUAGUGAGUGCCAAAGAAGAUUCAGAAGAGAAAGACAAACGAGAAGAAAAUCAUGAAAACGGAACAGAAGACGGUAGUGACGAGGAUAGAGGUUGCAUUGAGGAAACGUCUGAAGAUGAAGCAAGGGCCGAAACCACCCAAGAGCUGAAUGGAGGCAGCGAUUCGAGCUUAGAUGGAGACUUCGAUGAUGAUUCCAUAGCUGAGGAGGAAAUCGAGGCCAUCUUGAAGAGAGCAAGGCUCGAAGAAGGUGGAGAAACGGAAGUUGAAGAAGAACAAGUCGAAGAAAUUUCGGAGGAAGAAAGGCAGGCGCAGAUCAAAGAACAGGAAAUGCUAGCCAAAAAGGAGAAGGACAGGGUAGCCAGGCCGAUCCAGCGACCGAUCAUUCUGCCUGGCGGUCGAAAAUGGUCGAAUCCCGAGGACGCGAUGCCGACCUUCCGAAAGCCGAGGAUGUCCGAGGAGAAGAUCAUCGAGACGAUCGAGGGCAGCCUGGAGCCGAUAGCAGGAAAAAGAAAGGGGAUCAACUUUCUGAAGUACCAACCGCCACCGAAAAAUUUAGACUACCUGCAAAGAUCUGAAGUUUACCGAUUGGUCCAUGACAUGGAACCUCCUGUACGUGGAAUAGUUUCGAGGCCCGAAAAAGUGCUACCCGAACAGGAUUAUUACGAGGCGAGCAAAGAAGCCUCCUAGUACAAAUGAGUGAUGAAUUUUGGAAAUGUUAUCUGACAAUGUUCGAAAGUUGAAACACUAAUUAUACCUAAUACAAUUAAAGUAGCUCUGAUUUUAUUUUUUUUAUUCUUCCCUCAUUUCGUUUGACUUGGAUCAUGACAUAUUAUGUUAUGUACAAUAUACAAUAUACAAGAUUCAUUAUCUAA